UCUUGACAAAGCCAUUUUUAGCGGCUUGAAGAUCUAAACGACUGCGUUUAAGCUGAUUGUUUUUUCCUCCUUUAAACCCUAACAAUAAUCGUCUUAAGGAUUUGCAGGCAAAGUUCGAAACUUGGAAGAUGCGACCGUUAGAGACACUGCCGCCAACGGAAACCCUAGAAAUCGAGAACGGUCUGUCACUCGUCCCGCGCGUGAAACUCAAUCUUACAAUCUACCCGUCCCUUCCUUCCGUUUCGAAGCCCAUCGACGAAUGGCAGUUAAAACGAGCCCUAAUAGAUUUCCUCAAGACCUCACUUUCCGUCUCCAUUACCGUCCCCGAAGAAGAUCUCCAGAUCAGACGGCUCAAAGACCUCAAGAAACGGAAGCGCGACGAGGCGGUUGCCCACGGCGCUAUCCUUAUUCGUGACCUUGGGUUUUUGAAUAGUAAGAAGAAGAGUGAAGAAAGUGAUAAGGAAGAAGAUGAUGAGAAGGAAUUGGAAAAGAAGUUUUUGCAUUGGAGAAGGUAUGCCGCGGAGAAAAUGGAUGGGAUCGAGCUUAAUCUCGAAGGAGUUAAGUAUAAUCUUAGUGUUGAAAUUCCGGUUUCGGAUGAUUUUGAGAGAAUGAGGAAAGAUUGGGAGGAGUUAUAUUCUUUUCGAAAUCGAGGUUAUUCGAGGGGAGGAAGGCAAGAGCCGGAUACGAUUGUGUUGAGAGGGGUUCCAUCGCGGUGGUUUGCGGAACCAAGAGUUUCAUCCAAGCCUUCGAUGCUGGUGACGCAUACUAUUUUUUCUACAUUUGGGAAGAUAAGGAACCUUAAUGUUGCUGAGGACGAUGAUUUUGGUAAGGAGACAGAUGAGGAUGACUUAAACAUAGUUUCAGGUCUUCAUUGUAAGAUUGUGGUUCAAUUCGAGAAAUACAGGGAUUUCUAUAACGCACUUAAGGUGCUAUGUGGUCGCUCAUUACGAAAGCAAGGAUCUCUAUUAAGUGCUGAUUAUGAGGUCACAUGGGACAAGGAUGGCUUUUUCCGGAACUCAAGAAGUCAAAAUCAAGAGAAGGGCAGCAGGAUGCAGGAAGCUGCAGCAGUACGAUACAGAUCUGAAGCUGCCAGACAUGAACCUCAUAUAUCUCAUUUCACUUCCAAUGAUACCCGCAGAAAGAGGUUUAAGGAAUAGAGAUACUGAUGCACAUUUUGAAAGAUUUAGACCAAUCCAUUUUGAAAGAUUUAUACAGAUUGGUCUACGGGAUUGUAUGAGGACAGGGUUGCGGAUAAAUGAUGGAUGAAUUUUGGCAUUUUGCAUUUGGUUAGCCUCGUAACAGUUUUAUGUUUAUUUAGCCAUUUAUGAAAAGAUGCAAUCUGUAAAACUUGUGCCCAGCUCGGCCCUCCUUCCCUUUCUUUACUCUCUUCUUUCCUUUUGAAAUGAUGCUAGACUUCAGACUUAAGCACAUCUUUUAGGGCAGUUGCUAGUUUGAUGCUGUGGCCAUUAUUAUGGUGGUACUAUUGAAAAUUGAGUCAUUAGUUCUUUCACCCUUUUGAAUUUUGUUCUUGGAUUUAUUUUUAUUAGUCUUAAAUAUCUUAAAAAUGUUAAAAUAAUGUCCUUGCUACUGAAUAAUCUAUUAAACUAAAACAGCACUGUCGAAAAGUCAAAACUGUGGUAUAAACAUACUUCAUCUGCUUUAAUGGAGCUUUCCAAUUAAUGUAUUAAAUUGUAACAGACUUAAAUAGACAAGGAUCAAAAUGAAAUAAUAUCACAUCAAUAUCUCUGAAACAAAAUGUUUUCGUUUCUCCUUUGUUCAAACCUAAUCGUACAUAAAAAGUAGGGUUCCAGGUGUGCUCAAACAUUAAACAAUUCACCU